AUGGCCUCAGUUUCAUGCCCCAAGCCCAGGUACUUUUUGGCAUUCUUUUUCCUCAGUCUCUGCUUCAAAUUCAUGUCUGCAGACCCAAACUUGUCAUUUGCUUUCAAGAAUUUUGGCAAAGAUUCAAACUUUGACUCUCUGAUUGCUCUGUAUGGUGACACUAAGGUGGUUAAUGAUAGUUUGUCUAUAGAAAUUGAUGGUAGUGAAAUGAGUCCUGGGGCUGGAAGAAUCAUGAGCAAGAAACCCAUUAAGCUUGUUGAGGGAAAACCCAGGAAAUUGGUGUCUUUUUCCACUUAUUUUGCGUUUUCUUUGUCAAGGCUAAGUGGGGAUGGGCUUGCAUUUGUUAUGUUACCAGAUGGGUAUCCUUUCAAUGUGUUUGAUGGUGAUGGUGGGUCAUUUGGGGUGUUGAAUGGGGAGAAGGAGAAUUACAAGUUUCUUGGGGUUGAGUUUGAUAUAUUGAAGGAUGAUAAAUAUGGGGAUGUUAAUGGGAAUCAUGUUGGGGUUGACUUGAGCAGUUUGGUAUCUGUUAAAGUGGGGAAUGUUUCAUCCAUCAAUUUGGAGCUCAAUAGUGGUGAAAAGUUGCAAUCUUGGAUUGAUUAUGAAGCAAGCUCAAAGAGAUUGGAGGUGAGGUUGAGCAAAUGGGGUGAGAUUAGGCCAGGUUAUCCACUGCUUUCUUGCUUUGUUGACUUAUCCCAAAUGUGGAAAGAGGAUGAGGUGUUUGUUGGGUUAAGCACAUCAAGAUUGUGGAACCAAUCCCACAAGUGUAAUGUAUAUUCAUGGAGUUUCAAGUUAAGGGCUGCUCCAGAUUGGAUGCAUUCUCAGCCGUUGGAUCCCAAGGCCUUUCGUGUGGGGAAACCCGAGCAGCUGAGUGUUCCCAAGAGAAGCGACGAAUGUGGGUUGAAAAUCCUCGGCGCUUUGAUCUUUGGUACCGGGUGUGGAGCGCUAGGGACACUCAUGGUGUUGUUCGUUUGGAGCGUCUUGAGAAACAGGCGGCCUAUUGUGCCCGAGGAGCUCACUCCAGAGCCUAAAGAAUACGAGUACAAGAAGUUCCAAGUAGUUGUAGAUGAUAAAGCCAUCAAAGAUGGUAAGAAUUAG